AUGUUCCAAGCAGGAUGGUCCCUUUGUUUCCUUGCCCAGGCAGUGGCAGCCGGCCAAUUGCACGACCAGACAGCCUUCAAGGCAGCUGGAGUCUCCGCACCACGCGGCCCAGCUCCUCUCAGCGACGUUCCCGACGAGGAACUCUUGGCAGACGGGGAGCGCGCAGAGAAUACUACACAUCUCUUGAAACCAAAGAUCCCGCCAGAAGGCCUUGCUCUUCUAAAAGAAGAUCUCCAGUGGCUGAGGGACAUCAUGUUUCCUGCCGUCGGCGUACCGUUCUUUCCUUGGACACUGGUUUCCUUUUGCCUCUCCUGGCUGACUGUCUUGGCCAGUGCCGGUCUGGCGCGUUCCUUGCUAUCCGACAGGCAGCUUAGCCCCAGCAAGAGUGUGGAUGACUUCCAGGAACCGGGGGAGUCCAUGGAUGUACAGGCCGAAGAGCCGGGAGAGGAGGCCCCCGGCGUUCCUCCACCGAAGCGUGAUCCAGAAGUGACCAACCCUGUGCUACUCCAGCGGGCUACGGAGAAGGAAGAGCAGGCACAAAGGAGGGCAGUGCAUAUCCGGAAGGCGCAGAAGGAUUACGGAGACGUCUUCGGCUGCUCUGCCCUGCACGUGGCAGCACACAACGGCAUGGUGCUGACAAGACCCGACGCCACUGAGCCGAACUUGAGGGACCGCAAUAAGGUUGCUCCAUCCAGCAGCCUUUUGUCCAUCCGCACCCUUGCCGAGUCUUACCCCCGAGACUUCGAUCAGUUAGCCACAAGUAGGCAGAUUUGGGGCAUCCAGGGGGAUGGCCGUGCCUUCCUGUGCAUUUCUAUUCUACUUCGUCCAUACCAUAAGCUUCAGAAGCAGGAAGCGGUCCCUUCAAAGCUAAUCGGCUGGGAAAGCACCAGCGGCAUGAAGAAUGCGGGUGUUGCGAAGUUCCAAGAGCUGCCUCCUUCUGCUGGAACGCCGGCCUGCCGCGUGACGGUUCAGAUGAGCCUCAAGACGCCCUCCCUUUUGCGACGGGUCUUCCAAUCCCGACGACUGAGCAGCAUGGCAGAAAGCGCCAUCGGGAAGGAUUUGGCUACCUUCAGGGAGGUACUGCUCGCCCGGAAAGCACUCGCCAGUGCUUGUGCGGUGGUCCUGGAGAGGCCCAAAGUGAAUUCUACGUACAAAGACAACCUGGGCCGAUGUGAGUUGCUGGUUUGGCAGGAUGGACGCCUGGAGUUCGAGCUGAAUGGUUUGGGAACCUCCGACAACACAAGGAAGAUGCUCGAAGACUGCAGCACGGCCAUCAAAGAGUUCGGCGACUCCGUCCAGUGCACAGCGCUUAUCGACAUGAGGCGUGGCAUCGGAUGCUCGCCUCUGGCCGUCCCCGGCAUUGUGAACUUCCUGCAGAAGGACGGCGGAAGGAUCCUUCAUACCGCCGUGCUCGGUCCGAGACCUCUGAUGGCCCUGGCCCAGAUGAUUUCCCGCCUGGCGAAGCAGAGUGGCGUCGCCUUCUUUUUUGAUCGCCAAGAGGCCGAACGGUGGUGCGCCGAGCCUGUACAGCAAGUCCGAUAG